UAUGGACAGCUCUCUCGUAAUUCCUUCUCUCUCAACAGAAGAACAGGUCCUGAAGAUGUUGUGUUCAAGGUGCUGUAUUGUGGAAUAGACCAUACAGAUCUUCACCAAAUGAGGGGCGAGAUUCACUCCACCAACUAUCCUUUGGUUCCUGGGCAUGAAGUAGUGGGGAAAGUUGUGGAAUUGGGUCCCCAAAUGAAGAAAUUCCAAGUUGGGGACAUUAUAGGGGCCAACAGGGUUGGAUGCACAAUUGGAUCUGGUGGCGAAUGCAUGUCUUGCAAGUCCAACAUAGAGCAAUACUGCGACAAUAGAAUCUUCACCUGCAAUGGCAUCUACAACGAUGGCAAACCCACCCAGGGAGAGUUCUCUUCUGCCAUGAUUGUUCAAUGCAGGUUUGUGGUUCAAAUUCCAGAAAAUCUUGCACCAGAGCAAGCUGCGCCCGUGUUGUGUCCCGGGGUGACAGCUUACAGUCCAUUGAGACAGUUCUGUGGAUGCAAAAAGAUUUUAAGAGCAAGUAUUUUGGGUCUGGGAGGAGUUGGGCAUCUGGGUGUUCUGAUAGCAAAGGCAAUGGGGCAUCAUGUGACUGUGAUCAGCUCUUCUGAGAAGAGGGUGAAGGCCAUGGAGCAUUUGGGAGCACAUGCUUUCCUGUUGAGUUCUAAAGCAGCAGAAAUGGAGGCAGCUGCAAAUAGCCUUGACUACAUUCUUGACACUGUUCCAGCCGUGCACCGGUUGAAGCUAUACCAUCCACUUCUCAAGGUUGACGGGAAGCUGCUGUUAGUUGGGGUGGCUCGCAAGCCCCUGAAAUUUGAUUCAGUUGAUCUUAUUUUAGGCAACAAGACAAUUACAGGGAGCUUAACUGGAAGCAUGGAAGACACGCAGGAAAUAUUAGAGUUUUGGGCAGAGAAGGGACUGACAUCUGUGAUAGAGGCAGUGAAGAUCGAUUAUGUGAAUGAGGCUUUUGAGAGGAUGGAAAGGAAUAACGUGAGGUACAGGUUUGUGCUGGAUGUGGCUGGCAGCAACCUCAAUGAUUUGAGGCUAUUUAGCAGCUUGCAACGCCAACCCCUUCUAAAUAUUUUUCCCUACUAUAAAUGUGGAGGAGCUCAAGGAGAAUGCAUUAAGCAUGGCUCUGCAGGGACCAUAACCAUACAUCUACUGUAA